GUCAGUUUCCACUGCUAACAACGAAGAGGGUGUUCUGGAAAGGAGUGCUGGAGGAGCUGCUCUGGUUCAUCAAGGGCUCUACAAAUGCCAAGGAGCUCUCUGCAAAAGGUGUGAAGAUCUGGGACGCUAACGGGUCCCGGGAGUUCCUGGACAAGCAGGGCUUCAGCUCCAGGGAGGAGGGGGACCUGGGGCCAGUGUAUGGCUUCCAGUGGAGGCACUUUGGAGCAGACUACAAGGACAUGCACACAGAUUACACCAACCAAGGAGUUGACCAGUUGCAAAAAGUGAUUGAAAUGAUCAAAACCAACCCAGAUGACAGAAGAAUCAUUCUGUGUGCUUGGAAUCCCAAAGAUCUGUCUCUGAUGGCUCUGCCCCCGUGCCACGCCCUGUGCCAGUUCUACGUGCUGAAGGGUGAACUCUCCUGCCAGCUCUACCAGAGGUCUGGGGACAUGGGACUGGGAGUGCCCUUCAACAUUGCCAGCUACUCACUGCUCACCUACAUGAUUGCCCACAUCACAGGGCUGGAGCCUGGAGAGUUCAUACACACACUAGGAGAUGCUCACAUCUAUCUGAAUCACGUGGAACCUCUGAAAGUUCAACUUCAGAGGGAGCCAAGACCUUUCCCCAAACUCAGAAUUCUUCGGAAGGUUGAAGACAUCAGUGAUUUUAAGGCAGAAGACUUUCAGAUUGAAGACUAUGAUCCUCAUCCCCCCAUUAAAAUGGAGAUGGCUGUUUAGUGCCCUCGAGCAGCUCCUGUUGGCAUGGACAGGCACCUCAGGUCCUUGCUCCUCCUGUCCUUAGGGGGUUU